AUGUCAUUCUUGCUGACAACGCGAGCAUUAUGCUUACUCUCCCAACGGAAUUUUAAAUUUUGUGAAACUUAUCAACAAAAACAACAAUGGCACACUUGUAUGUUAAGAAAAAUGAAAUCGGAAGUGGAGAAAGCUCAGAAAGCUGGUCGGAAGGAUGAUACAAUCUUCGGAAAAAUUAUUCGUAAAGAAAUACCUGCUAACAUCAUUAUGGAGGAUGAUAAUGUUCUGGCUUUUCAUGAUAUUAGUCCACAAGCACCAGUACAUUUUCUCGUAAUACCUAAGAAAUCAAUCGCAAUGCUGCAAGACGUCGAGGAUCAGGACGAGACUAUAUUAGGGAAGCUGUUGGUGGCUGCAGCUAAAACAGCAAGUAAACUGGGAUUGGAAGAUGGCUAUCGAGUAGUUAUCAAUAAUGGGAAGCAUGGAUGUCAGAGCGUUUAUCAUCUUCAUGUUCAUGUGAUGGGCGGACGUCAGCUUGGUUGGCCACCAACAUAA